AAGGGCGCGUGGCCUUGUGAUUCUGAUGCAGACAGAGUGAGCAACUAAUGCUGGACAUUGGACCACGUUGUAUAUAAGAAGGAAGGGAUCUCCUGGACUCCUACUUUACUGGAUUACAUGUUCUUCUGGACACUUCUUGGUUCAUCAGUUUCCUACCAUCCCAGCUUGUGUUCUGUAGCAGCAGCAGCAGCAGCAGCUCCACCACUUUCCCAAAGCUAAGCUGACCAAAGGAUGUGGCACAAAUACCUCUUGGUGGCUGUCUACUUAUGGGCCUUAACAUGUUCACUUGUUCCUGCUUAUGGCCUAGUGAGAAUCGGUCUGAAGAAGCGACCCUUGGAUCUUCAAACCAUCAAAGCUGCAAGAGCAGAAAGGGAGGCAAAUUACAGAGGAAGUCUAAAGGGCAUGAAUCAGAAUCAUUACUUGGGUAGUUCAGAUGAAGAUAUAGUACCUCUCAAUAAUUACAUGGAUGCUCAAUAUUAUGGCGAGAUUGGAAUUGGCUCACCUCCUCAGAACUUCACUGUCAUAUUUGAUACUGGCAGUUCCAAUCUUUGGGUUCCAUCAUCAAAAUGCUAUUUUUCUAUUGCAUGCUAUUUCCAUACUAAGUACAAGUCAAGCAAGUCCAGCACAUACACCGCAAUUGGAACGUCGGCCAAAAUAACAUAUGGAAGUGGAUCAAUUUCUGGUUUCUUCAGUCAAGACAAUGUUGAAGUUGGAGACCUUGUUGUCAAAAAUCAAGAUUUCAUUGAGGCAACAAAAGAGGGCAGCCUCACAUUCGUUUUGGCGAAGUUUGAUGGACUUCUUGGCCUUGGGUUUCAGGAAAUCUCUGUUGGGAAUGCCACACCAGUGUGGCAAACCAUGGCAGAACAAGGUCUUUUAAGCGAUGAUGUCUUCUCAUUCUGGCUUAACCGAGACACAACUGCAGAAGUAGGAGGUGAACUUGUUUUCGGUGGUGUUGACUCAAAGCAUUAUAAAGGGAAGCAUACCUAUGUUCCAGUUACUAGAAAGGGUUAUUGGCAGUUCGAAAUGGGCGAUAUUGUAAUCGGGAACUUGUCAACAGGUGUUUGUGAGGGGGGUUGUGCUGCUGUUGUGGAUUCAGGAACGUCCUUACUCACUGGUCCAACGACUAUUGUGACUGAAAUUAACCAUGCUAUUGGAGCGGAAGGAGUAGUGAGUGCAGAAUGUAAGCAAGUUGUGUCUCAAUAUGGAGACUUGAUUUGGGAUCUUCUAAUAUCAGGGGCACAACCUGACCAAGUAUGUAAGCAGCUUGGUUUGUGUGUUUUCAAUGGGGCUCAGUAUGUGAGCACUGGGAUUGAAACAGUGGUUGAGAAGGAGAGCAGGGAGGGCUCAUCUGCUGCUGACAGUGCUUUGUGCACAGCUUGUGAGAUGGCUGUUGUUUGGGCCCAGAAUCAGCUCAAACAAAAAGGAGCGAAAGACAAAGUCCUAAGCUACAUCAACGAGCUCUGUGAGAGCCUUCCAAGUCCACUGGGAGAAUCCAUAAUCGACUGCAAUAGCAUUUCGAGCAUGCCAAAUGUGACCUUCACCAUUGGAGAUAAACCUUUCGUCCUCACUCCGGAACAGUAUAUUCUGAAAACUGGAGAAGGCGUUGCUGCUAUCUGUAUCAGCGGGUUUGGGGCUCUUGAUCUCGCUCCUCCAACUGGGCCUCUGUGGAUUCUUGGAGACGUAUUCAUGGGGCCAUACCACACCGUGUUCGACUUUGGUGACCUUCGAAUCGGAUUCGCAGAAGCUGCUUAACAGCCUAUCAUUUUGGUUCUUUGUAUCCUGUGAUCUUCAGAAACUUUUAAGACGGAGAUGAUGUACAUUGUGAUCAGAUGAUGUUCUCAUGUUUGACUCCCUACUUUUAAGCUUUAUAUAGAAGGUUUUUUAUUAUUAUA